AUGGUGAAUGGUGAACGACCGAGCCUGUGUGACCAGCGACUCAAGAACCAGGCGCUGAACUGUCCAAGGAAUGACUGCGGAAUGACUGCACCACGCUCUGCCUCUGCUAGCCCGUCCUCGGCCGACUGGUCCGCUGCCAGCUCACAAGAUGCCACAGCUUCGCCCGCUUCAAAAACAAAUGUCGCGAAUCAUGAUCCAGUUUUGGAGGAGAUACGUCCUCCGCUACCUCCAAGGCCGACUACAUUAAGUUUGCUGAAUGAUGAGACGGCCGCGCGCAAUGUGGGAUUGCAGGCUGAAGCUACUACCGCUGUUUCCCACGCGGAGAUAGAAACGCUGGCUCCCGAGCCCAGUGGAAGUACCUAUUCGACAUUGGCUGUGCGUAAUUUGUCCGAUGGACUCAAAGCAAAAGCAAGUCUUAGUCAUUUGGCGAGCGCAAGGGGAAGCGAAACGGCCGACUCAGCGAGUAUACGAAGCUCGAUCCAGAACAGUGAUCCUGGCGACGUUGAAGUUCUGUUCAAGGACUUCGCACCAACAGUGCCUGCCGAUCACAUGGAUACCAAGAGUCUGCUUCAUUACCCCGAAUGCGCCGCAGAUGACAUCGGAGAUGUCGAGUUUGCAGAGGAAUUCGAACCCGUGGGUGAGCUAGAUGAGACCGCCGCCAAUGAGGAUCUACUACUACAACGCUGGAAGAGCAAGAGGAAACACUUUCUGAUUAUUUCCGCUGCUGGUAAACCGAUCUGGACUCGACAUGGUGAUGGUGGCCUAAUCUCGACGUACGUUGGUGUCGUGCAAACGAUUAUAUCAUUCUAUGAGGAUUCCAAUGAUCAUCUUCGGAGCUUUACGGCCGGGGACACCAAGUUUGUCAUCCUCACUCGCGGUCCACUUUAUCUCGUUGCCAUCAGUCGCAUGCUGGAGAAUGAUAAUCAACUCCGUCUCCAGCUCGAAGCAUUGUACAUGCAAAUCCUGUCUACAUUGACUCUUCCAUCCCUGACUCACUUGUUUUCUGUGCGGCCUUCCACAGACCUCAAGAGGCCUCUACAAGGCUCUGAGACGCUCCUUUCUUCGCUAGCAGACAGCUUCACCCGAGGAUCGCCAUCUACUCUCUUGUCAGCUCUUGAAACCCUAAAAUUACGCAAAGUUCACCGCCAAGCCAUCAAUAACGCUCUUUUGAAAACAAAGUCAAAAAAUCUCCUCUACGGACUGGUAGUCGCUGGCGGUAGGCUUGUGAGUGUUGUGCGACCUAAGAAACACUCGCUUCAUCCAGGCGACUUGCAACUUAUUUUCAACAUGAUAUUCGAGGCCGAUGGUAUCAAAGCGGGCGGAGGAGAGAGCUGGGUGCCUGUCUGCCUUCCUGGAUUUAACAGUAGCGGUUAUCUGUACAUGUAUGUCAGCUUUAUCAAGCUAAACGCUGACACAGAUGACCAUGAGGAUAUUGUGAAAGAUGAAUCGGUGGCAGUGGUUCUGAUCAGCCCGGCUAAGGAAAGUUUCUAUGAGAUGCAAGGAAUGCGGGACUCCCUUGUUGAGGUAAGCUCGCAGACCGAGAAUAUAUUUGAAGUGCGAGAGCUGACACUCAUUGCGUUUUUGAAGCAAAUGGAGAAGAAUGGAAGCAUGCAGGUAGUUGCGGCUUCGAUCGAUCAAGGUCGGCCGGCGACAACUGACAUUGUCCCCGGCACGGUCCUCCACCACUUCAUGUACAAGUCGCGAGCGAAUGUUCAAUUCACAAUGUCCGAGUAUUCUCCCGAAUUUACAACCACUGCCCGCAAACGCAGACUGAUGUCAGCCUACAACAAUAUUCACUCGAGCAUUCAUGCAAAGAACAGCCAGAUCAAAGUGCAUUAUUGCGUAUCGAAAUCAGCCAGUACUUUUGCUUGGGUGACUCCGAUUUUUGAGCUUUAUUGCGUCGCAGAGCCUAACGCGAACCGCAAAGCUUUGGUUCAGGGCGCUAGUAGGAUCGCGCAGUGGGCACAGCGUGAAGAAGAGAGACUUUUUAUCAUCGGCGGUGCGGUCUUCUAA